GACAUUACUCAAACUCACAGUUACAAGUUCCUUACUGAGCAGUGCGGCAGUACGUCAAAUUUUUUACUGCUAUUACUUUUUCUAAUAAAGGCAAAGACAAAUCUAAAAAUAUUCAAAUAAAAGCAUAAACUUAAAAAAAUAUCCAAGAUGUUUGGUUUCUGCGUUGGCAUUUGCAAAUAUGAGAUACCACCCCCUGACACCAUACUAUCGAUGCCACCACCACCUUUACCGUCAUUUUUGUUGCCGAACAUUGCCACUGCAGCAGCGCUUGUGGCAACCAAUGACACCAAUCCAUGCUAUGCGCCCUCACUGUGUAACCCCCAUCCAAAUCCAAACGAAGGCGAGGGCAUUGAAUUCGUCGAAUUGACUGGCAACGAUUCGAAAGUUUUGGAGAACACUUGGGUUUUAGGACUCAUAUCGUGUUCGGUUGGUGUAAUCAUUUUAGGUGGACUCUUUGCGUUCAUAGUGUUGAAGUGCAGAAAAACACUAUUCUCCAGCUGCAAUUUGUCUUAUCAUGAUUCGAAUAUUAAACAGAGUGGCAUGAAAUCGUUGGGUGAAACUUCAAAUAAGGCAAAACCUUUUACAGCUGGUGGUAUAUUGUAUCCCGUUACUACGACCAAUAAUCGUGACACUUUACAAUCGCAGUUGGCCAAUGAUAGUCGCUUACUUUGGGCCACAUUAACACCACAUGGCACACGACACUUCAUUUCGGAUUAUCCCGUGGGUAAUGGUAAUGGAAAUGGAAAUAUUGUGCAGGAUGGUCACUAUGAGAUUGUGGACUAUCGUACUAAAGUGCAGACUCCCACUUAUCGUGAAUAUACGAAACGUGUGCCGGUUAAGUCCUUCGACAACAGCGGCUUCGUCGACUAUGACUACGAAGAUCCCACACCUCUAAUGGACUCCUAUCAUGACGAUUUGGACUCUGGCUAUCAGGAGCCACAAGAAGUACUACACACCCUACAACGUGUCUCACCACGUCCCGUCGUGUCAUCACCAACACGUAUUGAUAAUCCGAAUAUGGCACCACUCAACUACUAUCCAUCACAUCGUUCCAAUCAUCACUUGAACACCAAUACACUACAAUCGAAUCACUCACAGGCCACUUUAAAUCGCAAAGCAACAAUGACACGUCGCAUAAGUGAUGCUUCAAUCUAUGGACCAGCUGCCGGUACAACACAGUGAAGUGUAAACAAUGAAAUUACAUACCUUGUGUAGUGGUGAACCGCAGUGCAACAUAGGCGGUAGAGUGUGAAGAAAAAACAAUGUUUCAAGUAUAAAUCGUGGCUUCUGUUAUUAAAAAAAAAGCGAAAAUAACAUAAAUGAAAUGUUAAAUUUGUGUCAUAAUACAAUAUACACGUACAACGAAGCGCGAGUUGGUGUUCGAGACGAGUCAGAAAUUGGGUCUCAAGUGUAUUACUUUGAGGUUAUAUGGGACUUGAUGUUUGAAAAAUAUUAACAAAUGUGUUUUUUAUAGCGAAUCAAAGCAAAAUAUGAAAGCAAAUCAAAAUCUCAAAGCAUUUCAAUAUCAUUAAUAUGGAAGAUUCAUACUUGUGUAGGGCUAUAUAUGUACUCUUACACAUACAUAUAUAUAUCACAUGGAAGCAAUAUUAUCGUAAAAAUCUACUAAACUUGCAUAACUCAUUGUAACAUUGCAUUUAAAAAACUAAAUUACUACUACUGCAGAAAAUACUAAUGAAACACUCAUAAAAAUA